GUCAUUUUGUUAUCGUAAAGAAUGACAAUGAAUGAAUUCAAAGCCAACUGGAAAAGUGAAUUUGUCUAUUAACGUAAAUAAAACAACAAUUUUGAAAUAAUACUACAAAAUUAAAUACAAGUGACUAAAAUGUGCAAGUGAUAUAAGUUAUAACUCCAUGUAAUUUUAUAUGUUUAUAAUCUAAGAGUCGGUAACCUCAACGAAAUGGCAUCAACGCCCUUUCGUAGAUUGCUUCAUUGGGGACCUUUGUCGGUGUUUGGUAUAAUAAAACUAAUAACAUGGGCGAUGGUCCAUCUGCUGGGCAUGUGGUGGCCUCCACACUCCUCAUUGGCAGCAGCUCUACAUGCCGCACUGUUCCUGAGUCUGGCGGGCUCCACUUUAUACUUCUUCCUUCAGUCUUUACUUGAAGGUCCAGGAUUUGUUCCACUGGGUUGGAAACCGGAGAAUGAAGAGGACACACAUAAUCUACAGUUCUGCACAGUCUGUAAUGGAUUCAAAGCACCAAGGUCACAUCACUGUAGGAAAUGUGGGUACUGUGUAAAGAAGAUGGACCACCACUGUCCAUGGAUCAACUGCUGUGUGGGCCACAACAACCACGGAUACUUCACACUGUUCCUCAUAUCUGCUGUGCUUGGCUGCUUCCAUGCUUCUGUUGUGCUAACAAUCUGCAUGUACCACGCAAUAAACCGCGUGUGGUACAUGCACAACGGUACAGGCCGCGAGCCCAUGAUAUACCUGACGCUCACGACGUUACUGCUCACCCUGCUCGCUAUAGGCAUGGCUGUGGGCGUCGUCUUAGCUGUAGGAGUACUUUUGUACUUACAACUUCGCGGUAUAUUCCGCAAUCAGACGACAAUAGAAGACUGGAUAGUUGAGAAGGCGCAGGGUAGACGGGAGGAGCAAGGUCUGCCGGAGUUUGUGUUCCCCUACAACUUGGGGUGGAAGAACAAUGUCCAGCUCGUACUCUAUGGGUCCAAGUGGGACGGUAUUAAGUGGCCGUUGAGGGAAGGAUGUGGGGAGUACGAUCUUACGCGGGAACAGCAAGCUCAGAAGCAAGACAAGCGCGUCCGUUCCCGCAUGUACACGGCGGUGGCUAUGUACUCAGGGCGCUGGCUGCCCGUCCUGUCCCGGCCGCGCGCCGCGCUGGCCGCGCCCUGCACCGACGAGCCGCGCCUGCCGCUGCAGCCCGGGGACAUCGUCAGAGCUACACGGCAGAGGAAGCACUGGUUAUUCGGCGAGAAGUUAGUGGGAGAGGGCGAGACGCGCGGCCCCCGCGGCUGGUUCCCCCGCGACGUGGCCACGCCCAGCGACUACCUCCACAAACCCAAACCCGACUAGCUGGGACACUACGUCUGGACAGACAGACUGGUAUGACUUUUAUAUAGACUAGGAUUAGUUAAUGAAUGGAGUAAAUGCGAAAUGUAGACUUAUAACUUUAAGAUAAACUUUAAUGUCUAUCGGUACAUAACAUAUGCAUUAUUAUUAAAUAUGUACAUGAAUAUUUAUGUAGAAAGCCAGUUCAUAAAGUGACACGCACAAUUAUAAAAAAUCUAAAUUCAUAAGUCACCGUGCGUCGUCGAACUCGAAUCGAUCUUAGCACUCCAUUUAUUGACUCCUCUGUAAAUAAAUUAUGAAUCAUGUAAAACAUGAAUUGUAUUGUAAGUCAGUCAUUUUAACGUUUAUCUAGUAAUAUGGUUGUUAUACAUAUUAUACAGGUUGCAAGUAUUAUAGGCAGGCCUAAAGUAAUUGUCACUAUUUGACACUCUGAUAUGAAAUUGUGUAGAACUUUAACUGAUGAUUAUUACAUAAACUUCUUUUGACUACAUUAUACUUGUUCCUGUUUCCUAUACCAUUUGUAAUGUUUCUUUGACGACAAGCAACGAUCUCAAAACGUUGAAUUUAUUAGUUUUACUAUUUACUCAAGUGUAUAAGAAUAUUUCGCUAUCUGUCUAAAUGUGUUGAGAUGUUGUAUAAUUUAUUUUUCUAUUUAAUUAGAAGAAAGGUCACAAAUUAGUAAAUGGCGCCGACAACAUUAAUUUACAUUAAUAAAUUACAAUAGAGUGCACAAAUACAGGAUUUUAUUGAAUCCAUAAUAAACCUCCAAACCUCCUAUAUUUUUUCUCUGACUUCGUCAAAUAAGCAAAAUUGUUAUUUGGAUAUAUCUAUAGAAGCUAUUGAUUACUGUGAGUUAAGAUUAUGUUUUCUCAAGUCAAUGUACUAUCGACAAAAUUAACAGAUAUCCAGUGUGUAAGGCAACUGAUUGUUACUGUAUGAGUCAUCGUAAAAAGUAGUGGUAUAAAGUGUGCAUCCAGUGUAUUCCUUGAUUGUACUUUACAAGUUUGGGCACCAUGGUGUGUUGUAUACUCUGUGCACGGUUGAAUGCAUGUAGUAAUAAGGAUUUUUAUAAGAAUUUACGAGUCAUAGAGUUUAUACCAAGUAAUUGUUAUAAGAACUUUUAAAUGUUAAGCUCUUAUACGGUUGUUUGUUAUUUUAUAAUUUUAUAAUAAUAUAAUAUUAUUGUGACUAAAUAGUUGUGAUGUAAAAAUAAUCGGUUUUAUAUCAAUAAAACUGUACAUAAAUA